AUGGGCAAUCUUUUGAAACUUUAUCGUGGUGGGGAUAGAGCAUUGAAAUUAAAUGCUCUUCAACGAGGAAUCCCUAGUAAGCGCAAGACAUCAACUUGCGUUGAUUAUGUCCCUGCUCUUUUUGAAUCAAGCUAUGCAUUUUCGGCAGUAAAAAGUCGUAAUAAGGUUUCUGUAGGUCAACCUGCGGAAGGAUCAUUUUAA